AUGGAAAAUCCCAAGGCGCAACCGUUCGCAGAAAUCCUCGUACUGUCCAUCGACCACCAUCCUCUCCAUACGCGCGGUCACCACUUGUACCUUUUCCUUGACGUCGGCGACAUCAUCUCCGAAACACUAUGGUCUGGACUCCCACUUCCGCGGUCCUCCUCGUUCUCCCAGCUCCGUCUCGGAAUACUUGGCAUGCUCUGGCGCAAUACGGGUGCAAAUAUUGAACCUCAAAUUUACACCUGA